AUGGAUCAACCUUCAUUGGCUGAAAAGGCUCACAAUGAGGCAGACACCAACAAUUUGGAUGUGUUAUCUCACCCUGAUUCACCAACCUCAUAUCACAGGCCAAGGCAUAGCAGAGUCCACCACCAUCACGGUGCGUCCCACCACCAUGGUAGGUCCCAGCAUCACAGCAAGUCCCACCAUCAUGGUGGGUCCCACCAUCAUAGCACAUCCCGUCACCACAGUGAGUCCGACCAUCAUGGAGUAUCCCACCAUCAUGGUAGAUCUCACCACCUUGGUAAAUUCCAAGACUUUCAUGACAAUACCCCCUCCCACCAUUCCCCUCACUCCCACCAUUCCCACCACUCCCACCACUCUCACCACCAUGGUGAAGCCCACCAUCAUGGCAGAGCCUACAACCACACAUCCCUUGCACUGGCUCCUCAAAGCACUAUCUACUCCCAUCAUUCCCUUGGUGAGGACCCCUUUGAUGGUGAGUACCACCAUGGUAGCAGAAGACAUCAUGGUAGGCCCCACCACCAUGGUGAGCCCCACCACCAAGGGGGGUCCCACUACCACAGGGGGUCCUACCACCAUGGUGAGCCCUACCACCAUGGAAGGUCCCAUCACCGCAGUGAGUCCUACCACCAUGGUGGGUCUCACCACCAUAGGGAACCACACCACCAUGCUAGGCCCCACCAUCACAGUGAGGUUUCUCACCAUAGUGGGCUCCAUUACCAAGGUGAGCCUUACUACCAUAAAGAUUCCUACACGUAUGGUGGCUCUCACCAUCAUGGUGAGUCCUAUCACCAUGGCAGGCACCAUCACCAUGAAGCCCACCACCACAGAGGGCCUCUUCAUCAUGGAAAGACCUCUUCCCACCAUUCCUAUGUGGACUCCUAUCAUGAUCGGUUGAUACCUCACUACUCUGAUAAAUACAGCCACCACCACCGUGGCCACCACGGUGAACACCACCAUGGCCACCAUGGCCACCAUGAUGAACAUCAUCACAGGGAGUAUCACCCAAUUCUCCGACCUAGCAUGGCAGGGGUACAGCACUCAGCCUUUAGCUUGACUCGUUCCCACAGUGCUGUGCGCUCACAUGCAUCCCAGACGUCCAGCAAAGUCCAUCCUCAGGAUUCCUCCACUAAAACUUCCUCAGAAAGCUGGACAGAAGAAGAUGAGCAAUUUCAGAAGCGCAAAACUGCCAGAGCUCAGCGGGCCCACAAGAGGCUGCACACCAUGGACCUCUUCAGCAGGUUGUGGGAAAAUUUAAGCUACCUCAUUCAGGACUUCCGGAGAAUGCUUAGGAACCUGACUCAGUCCCUGCCCUUUGAAGCCUUCAUCUUCCUUGUUGUCUGCCUCAACACUAUCAUGCUUGUGGCCCAGACCUUUGCUGAAGUCGAGAUCCGGGGCGAGUGGUACUUCAUGGCCUUCGACUCCAUCUUCCUCUGCAUCUACGUGGUGGAAGCUGCCCUCAAGAUGACUGCCCUGGGCUUCAAGUAUUUUUCUGACCCUUGGAACAACCUUGACUUCUUCAUCAUGAUCAUGGCCAUGCUGGACUUCCUGCUCUUUCAGUACAACUCCUUCUCCUUCGUCUACCACCAAAGCGUCUUCCGGAUCUUCAAGGUUUUCAAGAGCUUGCGGGCCCUGAGGGCCAUCCGGGUCCUGCGGAGGCUCAGCUUCUUGACCAGCCUCCAGGAAGUGACCGGGACUCUGGUGCGGUCCCUGCCAUCCAUCACGGCCAUCCUGAUCCUCAUGUUCACCUGCCUUUUCCUCUUCUCUGUGGUCCUCCGGGCUCUGUUCCGUCACUCCGACCCCAAGCGCUUCCGGAGCAUUCUCUCUACCAUCUUCACACUCUUCACCAUGCUCACCCUGGACGACUGGUCCCUCAUCUACCUGGACAGCCGCGCCCAGGGUGCCUGGUACAUCGUCCCCAUUCUCAUGAUUUACAUCAUCAUCCAGUACUUCAUCUUCCUCAACCUGGUGAUUGCGGUCCUGGUGGAUAACUUCCAGAUGGCUCUGCUUCAGGGCUUGGAGAAACUGAAGCAGGAGAGGGCCGCCUGGAUCCGUGAGAAGAUCCUGGACGACUCACUGACAGAACUCAGCAGAUCAGACCCUGAAGAGAUGGUGAGUGAACACACCAGACAGAAGCAGCUCAUCGAGAAAAAAUUUGGGACCAUGACUGAGAAGCAGCAGGAGCUCCUGUUCCACUUCCUGCAGCUGGUGGCUGGGGUAGAGCAUCAUCAACAGAAAUUCCGCUCCCAGGCGUCCGUUCUUGAUGAGAUUGUGGACACUGCAUUCGAGGCUGGAGAAGAGGACUUCAGGAAGUGA